AUGAUGGAUAUCACUCCAGUUACACCCCAGCAAGAUAGGGAUGCGCUUAUAGCUGCAGUUCCACAGACUGCCGAUGGAGGCACAUGUAUUGGAUGCGGCAUAGACGAAGCCUUAAGAGUUUUGUCCAACAGACGUGGUGAUCCAGCCGGAUCAGAAAUCAUGGUAAUUUCAGAUGGCCAAAACAAUAUUGGUGACCUUGAUGCGUCUAUCAAAAAUGCCAAAGAAGCAAAUGUAAUCAUACACACCAUUUCUGUGUCGCAAGCAGCAGACGAAAGAAUGAUAUCGAUGGCAACUGAAACAGGAGGCAUACAUAUAUCUUACCUCGAGACCGGAACAAUAAGUUUUGCAUCUGCUUUUAUAGAAAUUCUGUCCAGUGGAGUGACCUCCUUUGCAACAGAAUCAACCACGCUUUUGUCAGAGAAACUGGACUCCUUGUCGUCAAAUACCGUUUCAUUCAGUUUUGACAUUGAUAGUAGCGUUGGAAUCAAUACUACUGUCAGCAUACUGCAAGGAUCCUACACGAAUAUAAGCAUAGAGGUCCAAAGUCCAGAUGGCACAGUUUAUACAGAACAGACUACUGGAGACAUCCUGAUACUGGAUAUUCCUGGCACAGCUGUCACAGGGAAAUAUAAUGCGACAGUAACAACACAAACUUCGUCAUCUUUUGAAUAUUAUGUAACGUCUCUGCCUAAUGGCUCCGAAGUUGUGCGUAUAUCCUCUUGGGUGACUCCAAUAAAUUUAGACUUUUUUACUGGUGAAUUACCUGUGAUCGAAUAUCCUGAUGAUGCCGUAGACGACGGGGUUUAUGCAGGCGUUAUACCAAGGUUCUGUCUCUACCAAAACGGUCGCGUUAGUGCAAAGGUGUAUGCGCGUGGUGAAAACGGAACAGCAUUUGUACAGGAUGUCUUUAGUGGAGCUGGAAGUCCUGAUUCAGAUGAAGAAGUAAACAACACUGAGGUUCUUCAGGAGAACUUUCAACGAGUCAGCCUGCCCAGUGAGAUUUUAGUAUCGAACUAUUCAAGUAUAAUUGCAAACCAAGAUAUUACUGCACCUGGCCGUAUAACAGAUGUAUCUAUCAUAGACAUUUUCACGGAGAAUACACACUACGGCGAGAGUAGAAACUUUACAAUCACAUGGACGGCAACCAGGGAUGAUAUAAACGUUGGACAAGCCACGGAAUAUGAACUGAGAAUCUCUGAUGAUAUAAAUGUCCUGAUAAUUAACUUUUCGAAUGCGGAACUGCUGGAUGUCGUAAAUGCGAACUUCACACCGAAGGCUGCUGGGGAAGUUGAAUACAUCAGAAUAGAAAUCGAUGCGGAAGAGUCAUAUACAGCUACAACAUUCUUUGGUGUAAAGGCGAAAGACGAGGCUGAGAAUGCAGGCACAGUUUCUAAUAUUGUUUCUAUACUUGUCGCCAAUGGAUACCGAAUUAAAAUGAAGGUGAUGUGGUUUACUCUCCUACCAACGUAACAGAUGAAGAUAUCACACAAGAAGAAAAGAAGGAGAAUCUUACAGUACUUGCUAUUGGUAUUUCGUGUGCUGCUGCAGCUGCUGUUGCAAUCAUUGCAAUCAUCAUAAUUGUUUACGUCGUAAAGAAACAGAAACAGAAAGCUUAAGACAGUGUCAGUUUACAAACUAUAUUCAUAAAUAACUAUAUCAACAAUAAUACAUAAAUUUAAGCAGAAUGAAAUUGCUUUGUUAUUUUGUUCCGCACUAUUUAUGAAAUUACACCAUGAUAUACCAUUUUAUAUGUACUGUCAAUAUAUAGUGUUUUCUUUCGUUAUUCUGCUUGAAUAUUAAUCAGAAAAAUGUGCGUUAAUGAAUUGAAUGAUUUGUAAUUUUAAAACAAAGUAAACAGUGCAUGAUAUACACGAUUUUAACGGGUCACCUUAAUCUAUAGCUUUCAGUUCAGCUGAAAUAAUUUGCUUACAAUCUGAAAUCUUUUGAACCGAAGCCGGGGUGUAUAGUGCAUGAUUUGCUUUGCCUGUGAACUGAUUAUGAUAAUUUAUUAAGUAAAGUGCCAUAUAAUAGAUAGAUAUAAUUAUGUAGUAUUGAUAAAUUAAGUAGACGUAUUGAUUUCUCAUCAGACAAUUCAGCUCCUAUUUACGUUAUUGAACAAUCUGUAAGUUAUAUUGCAUUUGUAAGUUAUAUUGCAUCGGCGAAGCAAACUGUAGAUCAAAGUUCAUGAGAGUUAGGUUUUCCCUUUCAUAUUUCACCGGGGUCAGUUUGAGUAGCAGGUCAUAUUCUAUAGCUAACUAGUAAAUAAUAUUAAACAGCGGGUAAGAUAGCUGAAGCGAAUUUCUAGAAAUUGUUCGUAGCGCCAACGACGGAAAUUGCCAAGGGCUAAAUCUUCUUUGUAACGCAUUUACUUCAUAUCUAGUUAAUAUUAAUGCAGUUUCAUACCGUUUAGGUACUCCAUCAAGUUUGUAUUCCAAUGCAUAUUCAGUAUUCCUACAUAAAACUACCUUUUCAACGGAAAGUGGCAGGCAUUAACGGGAGAAAAAAAUCUAGGAUUUUUAGAAGACAUCAAUAAUUGAAAUUUCUUUAAUGUUGGCCAUCUACAAAAAUAGGGCUUGAGAAAUUGUUAACGUAUAGUGUAAUAUUUCGGACAUACAGGUAAAGUAAAAAAAUGGAAUUCAUUUUCUAUAACAUUCAUAUUGCACUGUAAACAUUUCCUGUCUUCCCUAGGAUUAUUUUCUUAUCUACCCUUUUCAACUGCUAGAUUGUGCGAUGGAUGAAAGACUGAAUUUUGUUAGAAUUAUCCUAUAUUUAUUUCUUUUUAUAUGUUUCAUAUAUUCCUCUAACUCAAAAAUCAUGUUUGUAUAUACUAUAUGAAGAUAACCUGUUUAAAUUGCUGAUAUUUGAAUACCAUGUUUGUAAAAAGCUAAUAUUAUUGUUUUAAUUAACCAGAAGUUAAGGUUCGAAAUAUCUUGGUUUAAGCACAAAUUGGACAUUCCGAUAUCAUUCUAUAUGUUUUAGUUGAUGAGCCCAAUUAUUUCCGCUAUAUGUAAUACUAUUAUCCGCAUCUCGUUUUAGUAAAUGAUACAUUUGUUUUAGUAGACAGUUAUUAUCUUUCUUUAGUAUUUUUAGCCAGUAUCUGUCAUGAUAAGUUUUCGUUGAACUUUCAUUGGGUGUCGCCCUAACUCCCCGUAUAAUCCAUCAAGAUUAGUUGAUUUUUUUACGCAGAGAACUUUUCUUUAAGGUAUAAGGACAUAACCAAUAUGUAAAAAGGGCAAACAAAACACAAUAAUUAAAUACUAAGUUUAGAAAUAGUACAAAAAUUAUCAUGCAAAUGAGCUAAUGCAAUACUUAUAAAAGAUCAAUAAAACACCACAGCAAAACAUCAAUUCUCUAUUUGCAUAUAAGUGGUCGAAAUAUAUGUUAAUGCUGUAACUCUCGAAAUAUAAGUCUAAUUCUCUACUAUUUAAUAAAAUACUAAUACUUUAUCAAAACAAAUGAAAAACAAAUGCUUUACAUUUUACAGAAAGUCAUAACUGCAUGGUGAAAUGUUAUGUUAUAAUUCUAGCCUGAAUAUUUAGGGAAAAGAUAAUUUGUAAAAGUGACUCGGCACAUUUCUCCAACCAAAACGCAUUUACAUAUUAUUAAAUUGUGCCUGUUCUUUGGAAACUUUGCAUGUUAAUUGUUGUAUGAAAGCAUUUAUUCAUGCAUUUAAACAGCAUCACUUCCAUAAAAUAUUUGCGGAAACCACCAAUCGGUAAUUGUUGAGAGAAAAUCCAGCAUUUUAUAUGUUGGUGUUGUUCAGCCUUAGAAAAAUAAAUUCAAAAUUCACGCAGAUUCUACCAGUGUUUAUUGCAUCUCAUUCGAAUAAUUCCAAUGAAUUCGGAACCAAUUUAAACCUUUUAGUAACGUUUUCAAAAAAAUGCAAACUUGAAUUUUAUUAAACACAGUAGCAUCGUUGUUUCUUGUUGUUGUUGUUUACAUAUUUAGAAAUAGACCAUGCUGUGAACACACAGGAAUACGUUAGUGUAUAAAACCGCUAAACUAAAAAUGUCUGUUCUAAUGAAAACAUUUAAAAAUCAAAAUUACCUUCCUGAGACUUACUGCUCUUCCCUUAAAGUUGAUCAGGGAUAGAAUUUCGUUCCCAUUUUCUUAUAUGCCACUUAAAUCCUUUCACAACUUACGUAAUUGCAUAGACUAAUUCACAGAUUUCUAGCCACUCCUUAGUUACAGAAGACUAUAAAUAAUAUAUGUCUGCUAUAAACAAAGCAGACAUAAUUGGAAAUAACUGUGACUGUGCUGCUCAACAUUAUUUAAUAAUAAAGUACCAAUUUUGUACUUUUGUACUUUUCAUGUAAAACUACUUUCAAUGCAGGACCAAUAAUUAUGAUACUUUCUAACAGCUGAAGUGUAAUGAAAUACGAGUACUGUUUUCAUUUACAGCAUUAAAUGCAGCACUAACUAAACACUGCAAUUCUAUACUGUUAAGUAUUAUAUUGGUAUAUAAUUAGUGUCGUAUUUACGAUGGUAUGUUUAGGACAUGCAUUUAUUUUUUAAAGAUAAAAUAUCGAGCGGUCGACAUCUGAUGACGUGCGUACGACAUCUUUUCUCGAGCGCUCGACAUCUUAUCUUGUGCGCACGACAUCUUAUCUCGAGCACCCGACAUCUCAUCUCGAGCGCUCGACAUUUUAUCUCGAGCGCACGACCAUAAAUUAUAGAAUUUCUCCGUUUCCCUUAAUUCAUGAGUGCAGUUUUAUAACUUUUCUGAUAAUGAGGUAAUUGAUACUACCAGUUGAACUGCGAUUUGUUGCUAUUCUAACAUGCAGUAAGCAUCAUUAAUUAUGAUGUGAUAGACUUGUAUUUGUGGGAAGUUUAAUAACAUCUGAAUAGGUGGGAUCCUAAUUAUCUAUUUGUCCGUAUAUUUUUUCUGAAACCUAAAUACACAAAAAGGCCCUAAUAUAUAUAUAGGUAAGAUGUCGUGCGCUCAAGAUAAGAUAUCGAGCGCACGAGAUAAGAUGUCGUGCACACAAGAUAAGAUGUCGAGCGCUCGUAAUAAGAUGUCGUACGCUCGAGAUAAGAUGUCGUGCGCACGAGAUAAGAUGUCGAGCGCUCGAAAUAAGAUGUCGUGCGCACGAGAUAAGAUGUCGUGCGCUCAAGAUAAGAUUUGGUGCGCUUGAGAUAAUAUGUCGUGCGCACGAGAUAAUUUAAUUUAAAAAAAUAUGCAUGUCCUGAACAUACCACCGUACGUAUUCGUAUUUAUUCAGAAACAAAUAUUUUCUCAUGUGAAUCCUUCACAAAUGUAAAAAUUACAUAUGCACCUUCUGUAUUCAGACGGAAACUGUCAUCGGUGUAGUCUGUGACUACUUAGCAGUCAAUCAUUUUGAUUCAGUUGUAACUUUAAUAGUUUGAUAAGUUUAUGUGACAUAUAUUAACAAAUGUUGAAGAACAGUAUUAGUACGAAUGACAUAAUAAGAUAUUAAAGGAAACGAAAGCAUAAAGACUCAUUCUUUGUAUGACCAAAUUUUUCUGACAGCCCUGAUGAUCACUUGUUUGAAUAGGACCUAUAUAAAAACUGCAUCCGAUUAUCGAAAUAACUGCAUUAUUUAUUGAGAACAUACCGAUGUCAGCGCUUUCAUAUAUAUUGCACCUUCUCUACGUCACAUGAACUGGCCGACUGCACUUCCGUCGGGCAAGGAAGUUCGAACCUCUGCCUGUUUCCACUGCAGCUCCACGACUUGUGCACACAGUUCAGGAACAGCCUGUUCUAAAAUGUCCCUAUUUUCCCAAUCAUAUGUUCUAUGGAAUAUGCACAGAAGAAAAAAUAUUGUAUUAUUAGAUGUUUCAACCUUUGACCAAGGUAUCAGGUAAUAAAACCUUUUAAAGAUCGACUAUAACAUUUGGUUUGUGUAUCAACUUGUGCUUGCUUGUGUUGUUUGUCUAUUGUAUAUAUUUUGUAACUUUAACAACUGAACAUUUAGAAUCUAUACUUA